AUGAUCGAUCACGUCCUGGAGAAGCUGGAAGAAAGCCCAUUCCAGAUGCGUAAUUAUGCCAGCAAAACUUCAGGAGCCGCUAUCGUUCGUUCCAAGACUUCUCCCUCCUGGAUUGGAUGCGGGAAAGUCUUCUGGCACUCGUUGCUGGUGACACCAUAUAUGAGGCCUCCUGAGAUUAUUCUUGAGCCUGACAAUCAGCCAGGUAACUGCUGGCCCUUCCCAGGAAGCCAAGGGCACGUCUUCAUCAAGUUGCCCAGGGCCAUCUUUCCCACGGCAGUUACGUUAAACCAUGGAGUUCCAGCAACGGCCUACCAUGCAGACAGCACCUCCAGUGCUCCUAAGGACUUUGCUGUCUAUGGCCUGCAGGAAGAAGGUGACGAGGAAGGAACUUUGCUAGGAGAGUUCACCUUCACGCCAGGCCAGGAUCCCAGUCAGACCUUCCAGCUGCAGAAUGAGCACUCCGGGUUCAUCAAUUACAUCAAGCUGCGAGUGCUGAGCAACUGGGGCCACCCGGACUAUACCUGUGUGUAUCAGUUCAGGCUCCACGGCAAUCCAGCCCCUGACGGUGAAGCUAAGGGAAAGCCACUUGGUUUACCUUUCAUGGAGGAGUCUCCAGAUCUGAGCCCGUGACAGGGGCACAAA